UUACAAAAUUACAAUAUGUAUUUUAAUCAAUCUUUAUACGUUUGCUUAAAUUUAGUUAUCCUGUUUUACAGGAAAGGUGCCCUGAAAAGUAAGACAAUGCAAGAAACUGCAAAAUCCAUGAAAUUGCAGUCCAAGUGCUCAGAAAUUUCACGACAGUGUGAGCUACAAGAGGACAUACUAUCUUCCAAAAACUCUGAAAUAAAAACUCUUGAAAAGAAGUUACAAGAACAGCAAAAUUUAUACAAGAAAGAAUUAACUGAAGCAGAAAUUGAAAAGAAACAACAGAGAUACAUUGCUAAAAUGAUGGAAGAACAAGAGAGGAAAAAUUCACGUGGAACACAUCAGGCUGUGCCAAAAACAAAGUCCUUUAGAAGAUGACGUAUGAGGGACUGAAAAAUAAUGCGAUAAAGCUAAGCAGUUGUGAAGAUAACAAAUUAUAUAGAAGUUAGUUUGGUUGAAUCACAAUGUGAUAAGUAAAAAGACUGUGAUAAGACUAGUAUUACGUAGAGUUACCUCUGUUACCAAAUGGUUUUUCUCUGUAUGUCAGUAAACCAUUCUAUCACAUAGUAAUGCAUGCUACAUGCAUGUGUGAGUGUGCUCAUAUUGUUUGGUAUACUUUAUAUAGGACUGAGUCUCGAUUCGUGGUCAGUAUUAUAAACAGAUAUUUUUCUUCAAAAAAAUGAAGUAUUUAAACUCGUUCUGACUAAGAGUUCGGGCCCAGCCAUUCUGUUCUCUAUAAUCAUGUGUUGUUUGUACAGAAUGAUACAGUAAAAGCAUUCCAGUAGUGAA